AUGGCGUCCAGCACGCCCAAGCCAGACUUCUCCAUGCCCGUGCUGCCUCCCCUCAUCCACACUCGCUCCACCAACGAUGUCCACGAAGCCCCAAUGACUCCUGGCCGGGAACACGAAGCCUUCAUCUCGCCCGCACAAACUCCCCAGGGCAGUCCAAGCAAGAACAAGCUGCCGCCUGGCGCCUUCGACCUGCCCGAUGUCUUCUCCAAUGCGUUGAAGCUCCUCCCCGGUGGGCAGAGCAACGCCAAGCCUCUGCAGAGCAAACAGCAGGGCACCGCGUCUCCCAUCAACAAAGCCGAGCAAGAUCCAUUCGCCAAACAGGAUGUCAAGGCUGUUGCGCCCGGCAGUCCCCUCCGCAAGCAAGGGAAAGAGAACACGCCGCCCACUCAUCGACCUGCUCAGCAGCAAGACAAGGGCCUCCUUACACAAGCCGCCGCCAGCAGACAAGAGCCUUAUCGUGCGCGGGAAGAUCAUUCUCCCACCCGCCAGCCAGCAACUUUCGGCGGCCGACUCACUUCCGAGGAAAUCGAGAAGCUGACGAGGCCCAAUGUCAAGCGGUUGGCCAAUGUCACUCAGCUCUACUUCCUCGACUACUACUACGACCUGCUCUCCUACACCCACAAUCGUCAGAAUCGUCUCCAAGCUUUCAAGGCGCACAAUCCCGUCCCCACUCCCUCCAUGUCUCAGGAGGAAGUCGAGAAGUACAACCAGCUCUGGACGCAGUAUCUCGGUCACGAGCGCGCCAAUGUCCGUCAGCGCCGAACGAGAAUGAAGCAUGGCGACUUUCAAAUCCUCACGCAGAUCGGCCAAGGCGGCUAUGGACAAGUUUACCUGGCCUCCAAAAAGGACACGCGUGAGAUCUGCGCGUUGAAGGUGAUGAGCAAGAAGCUGCUUUACAAACUCGACGAGGUCCGCCACGUCUUGACCGAGCGCGACAUCCUGACGACUUCUAAGAGUGAGUGGUUGGUGCGUCUCCUCUACGCCUUUCAAGACGACAACAGCAUCUACCUCGCCAUGGAGUACGUGCCAGGUGGCGAUUUCCGCACUCUCCUCAACAAUACUGGCGUCCUCCACAACCGCCACGCCCGCUUCUACAUCUCCGAGAUGUUCCUCUGCGUCGACGCCCUGCACAGUCUCGGUUACAUCCACCGUGAUCUGAAGCCUGAAAACUUCCUGAUCGACGGCACGGGGCAUGUCAAACUCACCGACUUUGGCCUCGCUGCCGGCUUCCUCGCCCCGGCCAAGAUCGAAAGCAUGCGCAUCAAAUUGGAGGAAGUGGGCAAGAUGCCCGCUUCCGCCAUCCCCUUCGGCCGACCCAUGGAAGAGCGCACACUCAAGGAACGUCGUGAGGGCUACCGCAGCCUUCGCGAGCGCGACGUCAACUACGCCAAAUCCAUCGUCGGCAGCCCCGACUACAUGGCACCCGAGGUGCUCAAAGGCGACGAGUACGACUUCACCGUCGACUACUGGAGCCUGGGGUGCAUGCUGUUCGAGGCGUUGGCCGGCUAUCCGCCGUUCGCCGGCUCGACGGUCGACGAAACGUGGUACAAUCUCAAGCGCUGGCAGCAAGUGCUGCGCAAGCCGGAAUACGAGGACCCCAACUACUUCCUCUCGCGGCGCACGUGGGAUCUCAUCACGCGCCUCAUUGCGCCCAAGGGCAAUCGGCUGCGCGGCAUCAAGGCCGUGCAGAACCAUGAGUACUUCAAGGAGGUGGCGUGGGAGCGUAUUCGCACGGAGCGCGCGCCUUUCGUCCCCGAGUUGGACUCGGAUACUGACGCUGGGUAUUUUGACGAUUUCAGCAGUGAGAAGGAUAUGGCAAAGUACAAGGAGGUGCUGGACAAGCAGGAGGCGUUGGAGAAGAUGGCGGAGCGCGAGGGGGAGAUGGGGAGGAGUUUGUUUGUGGGCUUCACGUUCAAACAUCGCAAGCCCCUCACCGACGAGGAUGGGAAGCCGACGAGUCCGCGCAAGCCGCUGUCUGCUGUUGAUGAGAGCUUUGGCACCAUCUUCUAG